GUACUCUACAUAAAUCCCUUGCCAAGACGCUAGAAAACAACUAGUGCGAUAAAAGUCAAGUAAUACCCUUACUCUACUCCGUAUACAGGUGAAUGUUACAAUAGGCCUACAAUGAUAUGGGAUCGUGAUAGAAGAUUUGAUGAUCGACGUGGUGGUGAAACAUAUCGCCCUCCAGAACGAUCAGGGCGCUCACCAGGGUUCAUUCGUCACAGAAGGUCACCAUCAAGGGCCCGGUCUCCUCGCUUUUCGGCCGAUUCCUGGGUGCCCCCAGCUCGAAGCACCUCGCAUCGAAUCCCAAGUCGCUCUCGACCACCUUUCCGACAUCGCUCUAGGAGCCCUGCGCCCCGCAGAGAGACCCAGGCAGGUUACUAUAGGAGGUCUAGGUCUCCAAGACGUCACUCGCCCCGACGCGAGGAGAGACCAAAAUCUCCUAGUAUCAAUUGGCGGACUAAGACACCCUAUGCCAUAAAUGCCAUAAAAGGUUUUCGUGAUGAAACUCGAGACCAAAGUCCACAGAAGCGAGUAUCCGAGGCUCCACCGCCAGGAGGAAACCAAAUAUCUCUUCACAGAGAAUGUGACCGCUCAAGCCUACCUACCGCUAACACACUCCUUGAACAUCCAUCACCGGCCCCAAGAGGCUCAACAUGGGAAUGUAAACAUCAGCCACCGAUCCACACUCGUUCCCGUAGCCCCUUUCAAAAAGGCCACCCCCAUUCCCUCUCAGGAGAUACGAUUGCGAGACGGUCGCCUUCUCCCAGACGGGCCCCAUCUGUUUACACUUCCGCAGCUGAUUCGGUUAAUACAUCCACACGAUCGUCACCUCAGCAUCACGGCGACACAGGCAAGACCGCCUAUAAUAGUACUACCAGUCGAUCUCCGACAAUGCGACCCGCUCAAACGCGCCAAUAUAGCCAGCCAGACAUUGCUUCCAGAAGCCAAGAAAAGUCCACUUCACAAGUAUCUGGACUGACUCAUACUGGGAUGGAAAAAGUACCUCUCGUUGAGGAUCGAAUCGCGCCGGCCAUGGAAAAAGGGAAUCCGAAGACCAAGUCUACAGGUCUUCCUUUAUUGAAUCCCAAAUCACCAAAUGAUAACAAGGUUACCAGAGAUGCCCCGACUCAGCCAAAAAGCCAUAAUUUGACACAGAAUCAUUUACCACCAUCCGGCCCUACUCAUGGCUCAAGAGCCUCUUUUCCACAGGUUCGUGGACCCAACAUAUCAUUGCUUUCUGCACCGACCCGCCCCCGUGGUGGACCGAAUGCGAGGGAGAAUUCUUGGCUAGGAACUCCAAUACCCCGCAGAGGACAUAUAGUAUCUGUAACUCGGCCCCCUCCCUCGGGCCCACGAGGCAGUUUUCCGCCACCGGUACCGGUAAGUGACCUUCAUCGACAUUCCCCUUAUCGUCAAGGCAAUUCUGCAGUUCCCAACCAUUCCCGGCCUUCCAAAGCGUCUACACUCAUCUCCGGGCUUUUGCCGAUGAUUCCGGGCGGGAAACUGUUGCCCCUGGGCUUGGAUUCUGCAACUAUGAAGCGUCUCUCUCAUCCGCUGUCCGAUAAGGAAAGAUUAAUGGAGCAAGUAACAGAGAAACAAAAUACCAAGAGACUUGAACUCCGUGAGUGGGAAAGGCUUGAGAGGGAAUCCUCCAUAAGCACGCUCAAAAGUGAACUAUCGGAAGGUCAUUUGCAGCGAAUGACGGAAAAUGAUCAUUUCAGCGGAACCGCAUUAUUUUGAGAUAUUUCCAUGAAGUCCCACUUCGCCAGUACAUUCAAGUUAUACAAAAUCUCCUGGUUUUAUGAUAGCCCUUUGAUAUUUGAAUAACCUCGGAUAGUUGCCAAAAUUUUCUUAUAUCUAUUCUGUAGCGAAGCAUCUC